UAAUUAAAUUACAGAGAGAGAGAGAGAGAGAGGAGUGAUGGCCAUUGGAGAUGAUGAUCUGGAGAACCGAAUGUCGGCGAAGCAUCAUCACCGAGGGAUCGGAAGCAAAGGCGGCGACCGGACCGGAUUCGGUCCCCCGCCGCUGGUGUAUUCUGAUUUAGGCGGCGACGCUUCGCCGCAGUGGACGUCGUGGCUUGUUCCGAUGUUCGUCGUCGCCAACGUGGCAGUCUUCGUCGUCACGAUGUUCGUCAACAACUGCCCCGCGCAUUCUCACGGUCCUAACCGCCGCUGCGUCGCCGAGUUCCUCGGGAGGCUCUCCUUCGAGCCUCUCCGUGGCAAUCCUCUCUUCGGCCCCUCUUCUCGCACGUUGGAGAAGUUGGGAUCACUCGAGUGGGACAGAGUUGUGGAGAAGCAUCAAGGUUGGCGUCUCUUGACGUGUAUAUGGUUACACGCCGGUGUCAUUCAUCUUGCUGCUAAUAUGCUAAGCCUUGUGUUCAUCGGUGUACGCCUUGAGCAGCAAUUCGGUUUCGUUAGGAUUGGAGUUAUAUACCUAUUAUCAGGAAUUGGAGGAAGCAUAUUGUCUUCUCUCUUUGUCAGAAACAGUAUCUCUGUUGGAGCUUCUGGCGCUCUUUUUGGACUUCUUGGCUCAAUGCUUUCUGAACUUCUCACCAACUGGACUAUCUACUCUAACAAGAUUGCGGCACUGUUGACGCUUUUGUUUGUCAUUGCGAUAAACCUGGCCAUUGGGAUCCUACCUCACGUUGAUAACUUUGCUCACGUUGGUGGGUUUCUAACGGGGUUUCUCCUUGGGUUUGUGCUCCUGGCUCGUCCACAGUUCAAGUGGUUAGCAAGAGAGAAUAUGCCACAAGGCAGACGUCUGACUUCCAAAUACAAGCCUUACCAAUACCUAUUGUGGCUCUUGUCUCUGGCUCUAUUGGUCCUCGGGUUCGUGAUGGCUCUGGUGUUGCUAUUCAAAGGAGAAGACGGGAAUGAUCACUGCCGCUGGUGUCGCUACCUGCGUUGUAUUCCCACCUCAAGAUGGAGUUGUGAUGACGUCUGAUAUGAAAGCAACAUGUGUUUUACCUUUGUAAAUGCAUGUAUACAUUAUAUAGGUACUUUUAUUAUCUCCUUUGCUAGUAGUUCAGGAGAUUGUUUGAUUGCUUGUGUGUGUGUGACUAUCUUUUACCGAGAAAACGUGAAGAAAAAAUAAUUUGUUUAGUAGAAAAAA